AUGGAGGCGUCCGUUAGAUAUGUCAUCCAGCAAAGGGUCAACUCGACUACCGACAGUGUCAUCGAUGGCAUCGCCGAAGGUUUUACACAGAUGACGUCCCAAAUUGCAGGCCUGGAGAAGCGUAUGACGGAUCUUCAAGAAGCCGUCGCAGAAACAACCGCCUCCUGGCUACUCUUGUCAACAAUAUUGCUGCUCUCAAGGAACAUGGAGAAUACCUUCACGACAUUAACCACCCAAGCCUCCAAUGGCUAUGUGGAGUUUAAGAUUCGUAAUAAGAAGCGGCUAGUAAAUACCUAUCUACUAUCGCUACUUUCUGCUACUAUCGCUACUAUCGCUACUUUCUGCUAUCGCUACUUCUUCUACUCUCAGACGCCAUGUAAGCUAGCAAAGAGCACUCCGACAAAGACUCCAGAGACUACUGAAGAUAGGCAAAUACAUCAAUGCUGUUAA